UUUUUUAAUUAGUUCAUCCAAAUCCCGAGAGAAGUGAUAAACAUAUCAAACUGCCGAAGAGUCGUAUAAAAUAACUCACUCUUGUAAUAGCUGGGUUGAAAUACACAUCUCAGGUUUGAAUUAAACACUUCGUACAACUUCACCACUGCUAGUUGACAUCCUACCAACAACAUGAAGACACAGCUGUUUGUUCUGCUGGUCAGUUUGAUGGUGGUCAGUAUCACAUCCAGACCCACAGAUUAUCUACAGAUUUGGCAGACGAUUGCUAAAAUCGAGCUAGCCACACACGAGCUGGAGUUAUGCCAGGGUUCUCUCCCCACCUCACGGCCCCCUCCACCGUCAUCAGUCAAUGCUGAUCCAGAAUCUGUGGAGGUUCCUGACGUCAUUCCGACACCGUGGCCUCUGUCCCCAGCGCUGCAACUGAUCCAGCUGAAGCAGAGGUUGAGGGAGGUGAGGAGGGCGCUACAGGAGUGCCAGGAGCUUCUGACGGGGGUCAGUUCAGAGUUCUAGAACCACGCGUAAUUUACCCAACCCAAUUGGAGUAGAAUAGUGAACAAUGGAGUAGAAUAGUGAACAACUGAGGCGGACCAGUUCAUGAACUUUGUUUUGUCAUCAAAUAGAAAUGAAUAAAAACAAAAUACGAAUGUG